AUGGACACAAAAACCAUCAGAGUCAAUACGUAUGUUGACAUUGCAACGACUCUCGCUCGACAGCCACGUCCCCACAGAGAGCCUCGAACCAACUCCAAAGAUGUAAUGGCAAGAGGCAAUUUUACUGAUAUUUGGAGUAUAAGAUCAGAUUGGGAGAAACGUAUCAAACGAUGGCAGGAAGAAGUCCACGGCAGACGAACCUCGAUUAAAUCCAUAAAUCUCAGAGAUAUGAGAAUCGGCACCUUGUUCCUUCAGCACCCAAUCCCUGGCGUGGCGGUUUGGAAUAUUUUUCAGGCAUGCUAUGAAAUCGACCGUAUUGUAUGCUCACGUCCAAAACUUCGGCAAGUCAUCACAGGAUGGGAGGAGUUGCCUAUGUUGCAAUAUUUGGACAACCCUGAAAUUAAAGAAUGCUGGAAAGAAUCUCUUGGGGAUAUGCGGGCAGCAAUCUCGGAAAACAAAAGUCAUGCGGAACAACCAACCGAGAAUGAAUUCCUCAGAUUCGAGAAGGAUGGGGACAGGAAAAAGAACAGAAAAAGACCUGGGGUAGAGGAACAUAUUUCGGCGAUAAGCUACGGCGUUGAUAAUUUGGAGGAUCUAUGGUAUGAACUCAGUAAAAGCUUUCAGGUUUCACCAGACAUGAAAGACGCCGUGCAUACCAAGGAAAUAUUAGAUGCAAUUGUGACAUCAAUUGUACGAAAGUUCGCAAUGAUUAGUACCGCAUUGAAAGAUGAAAGCAGCAAUGCUGUGACCACGGGCGAUUCGAUACAGAGUAUAUCCAAAUUGUCUACUUCAAUGUCCUUUUAUUGA